AUGGGUUCCUCGACUGCGACAAACCUCCCUCCCGCCACGCGCGAGGAGAUGCGCGAGGCCCGUCUGCCUCUCGCCUACCGCGACAGCUGCGCCAACCUCCUGAUUCCCCUCAACAAGUGCCGCCGCGAGACGUGGUACGCCCCGUGGAAGUGCAGCGAUGAGCGUCACAGCUACGAGAAAUGCCAGUACGACGAGUUCAAGAAGCGAGUGGCCAAGAUGGACGAGCUACGAGAGGCCAAGGGCGGCGAGAGGAGCAACUAG